AUGACAGCAAUUAUUACGAGGAAUAAUGAUCCAAAGUCAGUUGGUACUAAGGGAUCACAAACCUAUCUUUACUCCUGGUCUACUACAAAUGGUGUAAGACCAACAAUUUUAUUGGAACUUUUGGAAGCCACUUACUACUUGAAUAAAGUGGAUAUUAGCAAGAAAAUUCAAAAAGAGAAGUGGUAUUUAGAGCACAAUGCUAACGGAAAAAUCCCAACUCUAGCAUGGAUUGAAGCUGAUGGAUCAAUUACGUAUGUGAACGAAUCUGCUGCGAUAUUGCUCUUUCUCGCUGAGAAAUUGGACAAAAAGAAUGAGUUCAGCUUUAAAAUUGGUUCGUUAGAGUACUACGAGGAUAUAGAAUGGCUUUUCUUUGUACUCUCUGGAUUAGGACCAAACAAAAGUAACUGGAAGUAUUUCUCUACCUUGCCAGUCAAAAAUGAUAGUGCAAUUAAGAAAUAUAGAGAUGAACUACUAAGAAAUCUUGGCGUAGUCAAUACUAGGCUUCAAAGAAAUGGAACAGGAUAUCUUGUUGGAAAACAUAUUGGGCUUGCAGAUAUUGCUCUUUAUCCUUGGAUCCGAAAGGAGCAAUUGCCAGGUCUCGAAAAGGAGAUUGAGCAGUUCCCAUACGUAAAGAAAUGGAUUAAAUCCUUUGAUGACAAUGCUAACGUCCAAAAAGGUUAUUCUGUUUUCAAACAGUAA